AUAAACUGAGAAAGUUAAUUUUGGAUUAGCAGGAAGGAUGAGCCCUUCUGCGGCUAAGCCAGAAACACGUUUAGCAGCUACAACAUUCUUUGCCAAAACACAUCCUGGUGAUGUUUGUGGCAGUAAUGGAUUACCUUUGACACCGAAUUCUAUAGCAAUAUUAGGGCGUUCACAGCGUUUGAAGGAAUUGCAUCAUGAGAACUUGUGCCAAUACAUCGACAUCAUACGUGGCAAACAUGAGCGUACAAUCGUUGUGUCAGAAUACUUCGGCACCACAUUGCAAGAUAAAUCGAAAAAUAGUAAUUUGAGUGAAGAGCAAAUUGUGCGUAUUUUUUAUCAAGUCGCUCGUGGCAUUGAAAAGCUACACAAACACAAAUUAGUUGUGCACAAUUUAGAGCCAAAGCAUAUACUAUUGGACCAAUGGGAUAAUGCAAAAUUAUUUAAUUAUGGUUUAUUUUAUAUGACAAACGGUGGCGAAUAUGUGCCUUUUCCCAUAGGUAACAUAAAAUAUAUGCCACCAGAGCGCUUGGUUGGUGGGAAAAAUAAUAUAAAAAGUGAUAUUUGGUCCUUGGGUAUGAUUGUAGCUGAAUUGCUGUUGAAACAAUCACUCUGGCCAAACUUAAAAAUUUCGGCCAUAUCACGUAAAAUACUAUCAUUUUGUCAGUCAAACUCUGUGUUUGAGAAAAUAUCACGAGAACAUGAUUGCCUGGAGUUAUAUCAACAGUUAGAUGUACAUUUACGUGAAGCUGUUGACAGUUGUUUAUGCCUUCAACCUGCUGGUCGUCCACUGCCUGAAAUACUCGUAACGCACACAUUAUUUCAAAAGAAUCUCUCUAAGUAUUGCUACACAGUGCCAGAAAAGCCAAAACUUUGUUUGCUACGUUGUCCGCUGGAACAGAUAUACUAUUUUUGGCAAUUAGCCGGUGGUGAUGUGCAAGCCGAGUUGAAGAAAGAAGGUUUAAUUCGAAGUGAAGCACCAAUCUUAGCUAUACCACAAGUGGUAUGUUUAAAUGGCAGCAUUGCUGGUCCAAAACGUAGUCAAUCGUAUUUGAUGGAUGAUCGCGUUGUGCCGCUAAAGUUGAAUAACUUAAUCGAACGUUUACGCAACUUAACCUUCUUAGCUUAUUUUCCCAUUAUACAUUCAAAAAAACUUGUAUAUAAUUUUGGAUCUGGUAUGGAGCAGUUACCAUUAGUAAUUAGAGAAAAAGAUAUUGAAUAUCAAUUUUAUCGCGUACGCUUACUUUCGAGGUUGUUAAAGGGUUACCCGUAUACCACCGACUUAAUUUUAAAAGAAGCUGCCGUGGAUAUUCCACCAUUGCUGCGCGGUCAAAUUUGGGCUUGCCUUCUUGGUGUUAUACCUAAUGGCAGUUAUAUGAAAAUCGAUAAAUUUACAGCCACGUCAACAGAUCGACAGAUCGAAGUAGACAUACCGCGUUGUCAUCAGUACGAUGAAUUACUCUCUUCACCUUCAGGUCAUCGUAAACUAAAACUAUUACUUAAAGCUUGGGUGACGGCACAUCCAUAUUAUGUUUACUGGCAAGGCUUAGAUUCACUAACUGCACCAUUUUUAUAUUUAAAUUUUAAUAACGAAGAAUUGGCCUUUCUUAGUCUUUAUAAAUUUAUACCAAAAUAUUUGCAAUGGUUUUUCCUUAAGGAUAACUCUGCAAUAAUAAAAGAAUAUCUAUGUAAGUUCUCCCAAUUAACCGCAUUCCAUGAACCGAUAUUAGCACGCCAUUUAGCUAGUAUAAAUUUUAUACCAGAACUAUUCGCUAUACCCUGGUUCCUUACAAUGUUUUCACAUGUGUUUCCUUUACAUAAAAUCCUUCAUUUGUGGGACAAACUUAUGCUGGGCGAUAAUUCAUAUCCAUUAUUCAUCGGAAUUUCGAUACUACGGCAACUUAAAAAUACUUUGUUGGGGUCAGGUUUUAAUGAGUGCAUUUUACUGUUCUCUGAUUUGCCCGAUAUAGUUAUGGAAAAUUGUGUAGUGGAAUCGCAGAAAAUGUAUGAACUAACACCAAAAAGUGUAUCACAACGUACGCAUAUGCUGCAUACAAAACAAUUAGGAGAAUUUGAUAUUAGUACCGAUGUUACACUCACUCAUCUGCAAAUGGAAAUGAGCCCGCGUAUAAGUGCCAACAACUUCGUGCACUUGCUAUUGUACGCACCACAAGAUAUGAUAUCUUUGGAUAUACGUAGUGUUAACGAAUAUGCUAGAGCGCGAGUAGAUAACAGCAUAAAUAUACCCUUCGUUGGUUUGCAAUUGGAUGAACCACGACUCGAAGCAUUAAAUGUACAAAACUUGGAACAAAAACUUCGCGAUCGCAUUGUAGUUUGCAUAAGCACAAAGCAUGAUGACUCCGUAGAGUUCUCCAGGUUUCUAGUUUAUUGUGGCAUUGAACGAGUUUGCAUAUUACAUAAAGGAUUCAACAUACUACACACAAUCGAGCCGAAUAUUUUAAUAUCCAAUUAAGAAUAAUUAACAAUUAGUUAGUAUCAACUUUUAUAAA